GUCAGUUUCAAUAGUAGUGUCAAAGUUCACUAUAUACAGACAUUCGCGCAGAUCCCCCUUUCGGAAAAAUUGCUCCGCUAGUCUUCCCGUUUAAACGCAUUCAUUUUGUCUCCCCCUUGCAUAUUCUAUUAGUUGUUUUUUCUUUCCUCUCUUUCUUUCUCCACUCCGCAUGAGAGGUGAAAAUAGGGCGCUUUAACGUCGACCGUCCUUUUUUUUGUCCUGGUGAGUUUUUUUUCCCUGACAAUUCCGAUCUUCUAUUUUCUGUUCCUCUCCGGAGAAGAAGGGAUUUAACACUCGCCAUACUUUUACUUCGGAUCGCAUGGUUAUUUUUCUGUGUGUCUGUGUGUGUGUUCCUUCGAAUUGAGAUCGUCUCUUUUUUUUCCCCCCAACUCUCCAUAAUCUUUAACCCCUCGUUCCCUCCUAUAUUGGUCUCCUGAAUGGCUGACUGUGUGUUGCCCUGGAUCUGGCCUCCCGACACUUGCGUACCCUGAUCGGGAUCUUCUUUAUUCUUUUUUUUUUGGCCCCCAUUUGUUUCGGUUACUGUUGAUCAACACUCACUCAUUCAUUCACUGCUCCUUAUGUGUGUCUGCCUGUCUGCGUUGCUUUGAUCGCAGUUUUAUUCCUUUCUCUCUCCUUUUUUUUUUCCAUUUUCUGUUACCACCAUCCAACUCUGUUCCCUACCAACAGGACAAAAAAAAAAAUCCGUGCGAUCAACUUGUUUUCCCGCACUUUUUGGGCCCGAGAUAUGGCAAUGGUAGUUAGCAGUUGGCGAGAUCCUCAGGACGACGUGGCCGGAGCUCAGGGCGGUCAGUCUGCACAAACGCAGCCGGGCCAGCAGCAGCCACAGCAGCAGCAGGCGGCGUCGGCUGCUCCCCAUACCCCGCAGACCCCGGGCCAGCCCGGGCCGCCCUCCACUCCGCUCGGAGGCAGCAGUCAGAGCGUCCAGCCUGGCGGCGAGAAGCAGCAGCCCUGCCAGCAGCAACAGCAGCACAUCGAGUGUGUGGUGUGUGGGGAUAAAUCCAGCGGCAAGCACUACGGCCAGUUCACUUGCGAGGGCUGCAAAAGUUUCUUCAAGAGAAGUGUUCGGAGAAACUUAACGUACACAUGUCGUGCCAACCGGAAUUGUCCUAUAGACCAGCACCACCGCAAUCAAUGUCAGUACUGCCGCCUGAAAAAAUGCCUCAAAGUUGGGAUGAGGCGGGAAGCGGUUCAGCGAGGAAGAAUGCCUCCAACUCAACCAAACCCAGGCCAGUAUGCGUUGACGAAUGGGGACCCUUUGAACGGCCAUUGCUAUCUGUCUGGAUACAUCUCGUUACUACUGCGGGCCGAGCCUUACCCAACCUCUCGGUAUGGGAGUCAAUGUAUGCAACCCAACAACAUCAUGGGCAUCGAGAACAUUUGUGAACUGGCUGCACGAUUGCUAUUCAGCGCCGUGGAAUGGGCCAGGAAUAUCCCUUUUUUCCCAGAUCUGCAGAUCACAGAUCAGGUGGCUCUGCUCAGGCUGACUUGGAGUGAGUUGUUUGUUCUGAACGCUGCCCAGUGCUCGAUGCCGUUGCAUGUGGCUCCUCUGCUGGCCGCUGCCGGGCUCCAUGCCUCGCCAAUGUCUGCAGAUAGGGUGGUUGCUUUCAUGGAUCACAUAAGGAUCUUCCAGGAGCAAGUCGAAAAACUGAAAGCCCUCCACGUCGACUCGGCAGAGUACAGCUGUCUCAAAGCUAUUGUGCUAUUCACAUCAGACGCCUGUGGCCUGUCGGAUGCUGCCCACAUAGAAAGCCUGCAGGAGAAAUCUCAGUGUGCUCUGGAGGAAUAUGUGAGGAGCCAGUACCCGAACCAGCCGAGUCGCUUUGGCAAGCUCUUACUGCGAUUGCCUUCUCUUCGCACCGUCUCCUCUUCGGUCAUCGAACAGCUCUUCUUCGUCCGCUUGGUAGGUAAAACCCCCAUUGAAACCCUCAUCAGAGAUAUGUUACUGUCGGGGAGCAGCUUCAACUGGCCUUAUAUGUCCAUUCAAUGAUGAGAGAAGGAUACCCCUCCCCACACAAAACAAAACAAAACCACAAGCAUUUUAGGAGAGCCUCCCUCUCCAUUCAAGAACUUGCAAGUUCCUAUAGGAUGAUAUCUGUGAAAAUAAAAGGACCUUCCAAGAGGCCAAACUGUUGACUGUGGGAUUUAUUCUGUGAAAAGGAACUGAACUGCAUCAUAUGUAGAACAACACUUACCACAAGCAUCGCUUAUCAUUUUGUAAAAUAUUAGUCUUUAUUUUCUUUUUUUUGUAAAAUUUAAAAACAUCGUAUGCGCAUUUAAAAAAAAAACAGAAAUUAGGGGGAAAAUAACAUUUUCCAAAUAAUUAUAAAAAUGUCCUGUGUCUAUGUAUCUAUAUCUGUUUUGUAUUUUUUUCUGGUUCCAAACCAGGUUUCCUGUGAUUCUAUACUAAUAAUUUUUGAUAUAACCUUUUGCUUCUUAUAAUGAGUGCGAUUUAUGUCGUCAAAACUAUGUUCUCCAAGAAUUAAAAUUGAAAUCAGAAUUAAACAAUUAAAUAAAAAGAAUUUAGCACAACAUUUUAAAAGGAAAGAAACCUUUAGUCGCUUUAAGCGCAUCCACUAGCCUGCAGUAUUGGCGAAAAUGAUGUUUUUUUUUAAAAAGUGAUCAAAUUGUAAAAGAGCACUGCUAAAGGAUAAUAGACAAAACGUGUUUUUAGAGCCAUCACACAGUGGUUCCUUCUAAAGAACACUUGUAUUCUGUGUCAGUUCCCAUUGCCUUUGUAGGAAUAAGAGUUUUGGUUUGAGUGUCUAAGGCACUUCUUUCUUUGAUUUUUUUUUCAGAAAAAAGUUUCAGAGAACUUCGAAUUAGGUUGAUUGAAGUUCUUGAUUUGCAUCCAGGACUGAUUUUGAUUAAAGUUUUGUUUUGUUACGAUAACGAGUUGCCCCUCCUGCCCCACAACCACCACCCACAUCUUCGCCCCCACCCCUUUCUCCCAAACUUCAACUUAUCUCUUACUUCCCACGUGGAAGCAAAUUUAUUUUAUAUUAUGUUUGUUCCCCCCAACCUUCCAAACACCUCUCUCAAAUUUUUAAUCACGCAACUAAACUUUCCUAUCACUACUGCCAAGCCGUUUACCUGUAGACUUUAAAAAAACACGUCUAGAGAAAAAAAGUACAAGCAUUGUACCCUUGCAGACGCGUUGUCCUGUGGGUUUGUUCUGUGGGUAUGAUGGAAUAUUCUUGUAAAAAAACGUUGUUACGCUGAAACAGUUACAAAAGUGAUAUAAAAGAGAUCUAUCGCA